AUGCCAUACCGGCUGGCACAGACAUUAAUUAACUGGAAUGGAGAUAUGCCGACUUUUGUAUUACAGUAGCCUACUUCUGUCUUUGUUUAGCCUACUCAGAAGAGAACAGCAAUCCAAAACCUACAACGACAGAAUACUCUUCUUUCCAGUCAACAACAACAGCAAAACAAAGAUGGCUGAGACUAUCUCACUGCGCAUGUGCGUAAAUGCGCAGGCAGCAUCAAUGGGAGGCCGCCAAGGAGAACGCGAGUGGAGAGGGGGAGAGUGAAGAGAGAACGAAGGAUAUGAAGAAAACAGUGAAGAUUUGACUGAGGUCAGAGGAAAGGAUUUGUCUGCUUCUGACAAAGGAGGUACUACAUCUAAAAAAUGAGUCUCUGGGCAGAGAUAGAGGAGGGGGAGACGUCUUCAAAGAAUAUUCUUGCUGUUGAGAAAGGGGAAAAGGAAACAUCAGUAUCUGGUGUUCCUAAUUAUUUGUCUAUGAAGAGUGACCAGUCUAUGGGAUCACCAAUCAACUUUUCCAGUGAACCAGGGUUCCAUGAGAAGAUGCCGGUUUCUACCUGUGUGUCUAUGAACAGUGACAUGUCAGUGGAUCCUCCACCUAAUUUCAGUGAAGAACCUGGGAUCCAUCUGGAAGGACCAGUAUCUCCUGUUCCCAGUUAUAUGUCUAUGAAGAGUAACAGGUCUAUGGGACAACCAAUCAAUUAUUCCAGUGAACCAGAGUUCCAUCAGAAGACACAGGCAUCUUCUGUUCCAAGCUGUGUGUCUAUGAAGAGUAACAUUUCAAUGGAUCCUCCAUAUAACUUUAAUAAAGAACCAUUUUCUUCUGAACAACGCAUGGAGACUAGGGAGGAGGACCAGGUAAAGGACCAUCUAGAUGCAACGGAGGAUCAGAAGUUGCACCAACAUGACUGUGUUGUGGCAGAAAUCCAAAGGAAACUCAAAUCAACUCUGAAGAAGAGAUAUCAGUUUGUUUUUGAGGGACUAACACAGCAAAGAAACCCUACACUUCUGAAUGACAUCUAUACAGAGCUCUACGUCACAGAGGGGGGAUCUGGAGAGGUCAAUAAUAAACAUGAGAUAAUACAGAUUGAGACAGCAUCCAGGACAACAGCAGAAGAUACACCAAUCAAAUGUAAUGACAUCUUUAACAUACAUGGACAACAUAGACCUAUAAAAAACGUAUUGACAAAAGGAGUAGCAGGCAUUGGAAAGACUGUUUCUGUACGGAAGUUUAUUCUGGACUGGGCUGAAGGAAAAGCCAAUCAGGAUAUUCAGUUCAUAUUUCCAAUUCCUUUUCGUGAGCUGAAUUUGAUGAGGAAGAAGAUAUGCAGUUUCAUGGAUCUUUUACAUUCCUUUUUCUGUGAAAUAAAGGAAUCCAAAAUGAUAAACUUUGAUGAAUGCAAAGUGCUGUUUAUCUUUGAUGGUCUGGAUGAGUGUCGACUCCCUCUUCAUUUCCAGAAGAUUAAGCGCUGUUUUGAUGUUACAGAGUUAACCUCGGUGGAUUCACUGAUGACAAACCUCAUCACAGGCAAUCUUUUUCCUACUGCAUUUAUUUGGAUAACCUGCCGACCAGCAGCAGCUAGUCAGAUCCCACCUGAAUGUAUUGACCUUGUGACAGAAGUACGUGGAUUUAAUGACCCACAGAAGGAAGAGUACUUCAGGAAAAGAUUCAGUGAUGAGAACCUGGCGAGCAGAAUCUUGUCGCACAUGAAAUCCUCAGUUAGUCUCUAUAUCAUGUGCCACAUACCAGUGUUCUGUUGGAUUUCAUCCACUGUUCUAGAGAGACUGUUGCCUGAAUCAGAGAGUAAAGAGAUACCCAAGACUUUGACUCAAAUGUGCAUACACUUUCUGAUUUUCCAAACCAAACAGAGAAGUAGGAAGUAUCUUAGAGAAGGUGACCACCACAAGAAUACAGAGAUGAUUAUGAAACUGGGUAAACUGGCAUACAGACAGCUGAACAAAGGCAAUCUUAUCUUCUACGAGGAAGAUCUAAGAGAAUGUGACAUUAAUGUCCCUGAAGCAUCAGUUUACUCUGGAGUGUGCACACAGAUCUUUAUAGAGGAGCAUGGGCUGCGCCAGGAGAAGGUGUACUGCUUUGUACAUCUAAGCAUUCAGGAGUUUUUAGCUGCUCUGUUUGUGUUUCUAACAUUCAAAAACAGCAAUGUAAAUCUUCUCUCUCAGGGCGUAAGUGUUCAGACAGAGUCAGGAGAAACACCUGUAAUGUUUCUACUCAAAGAUGCAGUGGACAAGGCCAUACAAAGUAAGAAUGGACACCUGGAUCUUUUCCUCCGCUUCCUUCUAGGCCUCUCACUAGAGCCCAAUCAAGCUCUCUUACUAAGCUUAUUGACACAGAAAGGAAGUAAGUCACAGAGCAGUGAGGAAACUGCUUUGUACAUAAAGAUGAAAAUCAGGAAGAAUCUCUCUCCAGAGAGGUGCAUCAAUCUGUUCCACUGUCUGAAUGAACUGAAUGACCAUUCUCUAGUGGAGGAGAUUCAAAGAUACCUGAACAAGGGGCAUUUCUCAGAAGCUGAACUGUCACCUGCACAGUGGUCAGCUUUGGUCUUUGUGUUGCUUACAUCAGAGGAGAAGCAAGGUGUGUUCGAACUAAGAAAGUAUUCCAGGUCAGAAGAAGGUCUGAAAAGGCUGCUACCUGUGGUCAAAGCUACCAGAACAGCAAUCCUGAACAAUUGUAACUUGACUGAGAGAUGCUGUGAGUCUUUGGCUUCAGCUCUCAAAUGGACCUCUUCUUCACUGAGGGAGUUGGACCUGAGUGACAACAAACUUCAAGAUUCAGGAGUGAAGCUGUUUUCUGUCGGUCUGAAGAAUCCAAACUGUAAAUUGAAGACACUGAGGCUGAAGAAUUGUGGUAUAACAGAAGAAGGCUGCGAUUCCCUGGCUUCAGCGCUAAGGUCAAACUUAGCACACAUGAGAGACCUGGAUCUAAGCCAGAAUAUAUUUGGAGACUCAGGGCUAAAACGUCUCUCUACUGUACUAAAUGAUCCAAACUGUAAAGUGGAAAUACUCAGCCUUAGUAGCUGUGGAGUCACAGAGGAUGGCUGUGUUUAUCUAGCUUCAGCACUAAGGUCAAACCCCUCACACUUGAGAGAGCUGGACAUGAGUAAAAACAAGUUAAAAGACAUCGGUGUUAAGCUGCUCUCUGCUGAACUGGAGAAUCCUCAGUGUAUAUUGCAAAAACUGAGGCUGUAUAACACUGAAACCACAGAGGAGGGACUUUCUUAUCUUGCUUCCGCUUUGAUGACAAACCCUUCAUACCUCAGAGUGCUGGACAUGGGUGGAAAUAAGUUAAGAGUCUCUGGAAUAAAAAAACUAUCUGCUGUACUGAAGGAGCCACUCUGUAAACUGGAAACACUGAGGCUCUUUGGCUGUGGAAUCACAGAGGAAAGUGCAAAUUCCCUGGUAUCAGCUCUGAGGUCAAACCCAUCACACAUUAGAGAGCUGGACCUGACCAACAACCAACCAGGGGACUCUGGUGUGAAGAUGCUCUCUGCAAUCCUCGAGGACCCACUCUGUAAACUGGAGAGACUCUCGCUUAAAUGCUGUAACCUCACUGAGAAAUGCUGUGGGUCUUUAGCCUCAGCUGUCAGCUCAAACUCCACGAGUCUGAAAGAAUUGUACCUUAGUCACAAUAACCUUCAGGAUUCUGGAGUGAAGCUGCUCGCUGCUGGACUGGGAAAUGCACAUUGUAAAGUGGAAACACUGGGGCUGACUGGCUGUGGGGUCACAGAGGAAGAUUGUGUCUCUCUGGCUUUAGCUCUUAGGUCAAACCCUUUACACCUUACAACACUGGAUCUAAAAAUGAAUAAACCCGGAGACUCUGGAGAGAAGCUGCUCUCUGAUGUCCUGGAGGAUCCAUUCUGUAAACUGGAGAAACUUAACUUAACUUAAGUGACAGUUUGUUUAGAAAUGUCUCUGUAGUGCAAACCAAUUGUUUCAUCAGCUUUCCAGGUAGAUGGUCUCAAAUAAACCAGCAGCAGGUGACAAAACCGGAUGUGGAGGCUCUGGGCUGGUGUGGUAAGGAGGCCAGUUGUGAGUUCAGUUGGACAUGCUGAGAAAUCCUCUGAAAUGAUGUUGGAUGCAGCGUAAAGUAGAGGAAUCUACAUUCAAAAUUCUGGCAACCGCUUUAGUGGACGUUCAUGUAGUCAGCAUGUCAACUGCACUGUCCUAAAAACCAUGUGACAUUUGAGGCAUUGUGUGAUAAAACUGUGCAUUUUGGAGGGGAUUUGUAUUGUCCCCAGCACUAGGUGCAUCUGUGUAUUGAUGUUGUUUAAUCAUCGUAUUGUAAUGCCACUCCUGUCAGGUGGAUGGAUUGGAGAUAUAUUUAGUUAUUAAGAAGAAACACAUUAACGAUUGGUUCUUAUUUACAAGUAUGCCUUGGGAAUAUAAUUUAAAAGGGAUAAAACUAAUAUGAAAUAAACAAAAACACAUCAGUAAAACUAAAAUAUCUAACUCAUUUAAAUAUUUAACACAUUCAAAUACAUUUAACCCGUUAAAAUAUUUACUAUCAUAGGAUGAGGGCAACAGACGAAAAUCAAAUAAAUGUAUCAACAAACAGAAACUAUCAGCAAUCUUCUAAACUGUAAAUGACACUUCUCAGCCCUACCUGAUGCUUAUUCUGCACUAUUGUGGCAUAAUAACUGUAAGCUCAGUAACCAUCCUAGGAGUACCCAGGCACUUGUUCUCAUACUAUGAUUUGUAGGUGUAACAUUGAUGCGUAAUGUCAGAUGUGCUGGAUGUUCCUGUAGGGUUUUGUACAAAUAGCACACCCUGCCUUUUCAUAUCAAAUAAAAAGUUCACCAGAGAUUAAAUGAAGAGCACAGUGAUAUACAGCACCCAAAGGUUUUAAAAUAGAAACUUCUGUAUGCAUAUAAGUAAUAUCUCUGUAAUCCAAAAAAUUAUGUGAAAGAAACCUGGACAAAUUAUUUUCUUUGUCAAAUGAUAAGACAUCAAUCUUAAAUUUGAGCUUAGUUACUAUAUUUUUAAUUCUGUCAUAAAUCGACACCUUUUAUUUGUUACAGCAU